AUGGCGAUGAUGAGCUGGACGCGGGAUCUGCUGAUGGAGGGGUUCGAGGGGCUGGUGCGGGAUGGGUCGUUCAAGUGGGGCCUCCCCCGCCGCGGGGACACGGCCCUGGACGACGGCGACGACGACGACGGCUCCCUCUCCGUGCAGCGCUCCUCCAUCGCAGGCCUCUCCUUCAAGGCCAACGCCGUCGUCGCCCGCUGCUCCAGAAUCCUUGGCGUUUCUAUCAAUGAUCUGCGAAAUAACUUUGAUAAGCAAGCAUCUGAUUCCAUAAAGCAGCCAAGAAGCUACGCAAGAAACUUUUUGGAGUAUUGCUGCUUCAUGGCACUUGCUCAGAUAUCACAACUCACAGGGUAUCUUGCUGACAAAAGCUUUCGCCGCUUAUCUUUUGACAUGAUGUUAGCUUGGGAGGUUCCCUCUUCUUCAAGCCAGCUCACUGUUAAGGUUGAGGUAGAUAGCACAGUUAGCUUAGAAGCUUUUACAAGAAUAGCACCUGCCAUCCCAAUCAUUGCUGAUGUAGUAACUUGUGCAAAUCUCUUCGAUGUACUUUCAUGUUCGACCGGAGGCCGUCUUUCAUUUUCUGUAUAUGAGAAGUACCUUUCAGAAUUGGACAGAGCGGUUAAAAAGAUGAAGACACAAUCUGAGUCGGCACUUCUAUCAAACUUUCGGUCUCAGAGAGGAGAAAGGAUUCUGGAAGUUGAUGGGACAUUGACAACACAACCAGUACUUGAACAUGUGGGUAUUUCAACAUGGCCAGGAAGAUUAAUACUCACAGAUCAUGCUCUUUACUUCGAAGCCCUUCGGGUUGUUACCUAUGAUAAGCCCAAAGUUUAUGAGCUUGCAGAAGAUUUAAAGCAGGUCGUUAAACCUGAGCUGACUGGUCCAUGGGGUUCACGUCUCUUUGACAAAGCCGUUAUGUACAAAUCAACAACCUUAACAGAACCUGUGAUCAUAGAAUUUCCGGAGUUGGCUGGCCAUUCCCGCCGAGAUUAUUGGCUGGCCAUUAUAUCAGAAGUACUUUAUGCCCAUAGAUUUAUUAGGAAGUUUGAUAAAAGUGGAGUUGACAAAGAGGAAACAGUUCUGAAAGCAGUACUUGGUAUUCUGCGGUUACAAGCCAUUGAAGAGUUACAUUUUGAAGUUCCAAAUCGACAUGAAUCUCUUUUGAUGUUCAAUUUAUGUGACAAACUUCCUGGAGGUGAUGUAAUACUUGAAACAUUAGCCAGUUCUAUAUCAUCAAGGACUUCAGAUCGAACUAACCAACCUGGCACAAGUAGAGGAAUGCAUGCUGUCCUGUCAAACCUGGGUGUGGUAUCACCAGUUAAUAGUGGUGAGAAAUUGUUUGUUGGUGAGAUAGUUGUUGGGGAAAUUAGUGCCUUGCAGAAGGCUGUUACUGACUCAAUGAACAACUAUAAGAAGGUUGAACUCGCCCAAGCCUCGGUUGAUGGAGUCAAAGUUGAUGGGCUUGAUACAAACUUAGCUGUCAUGAAGGAAUUGUUAUCCCCAGUAAGUGAGCUUUGGAGGGUUUUGCUUUUGCUCACAUCAUGGGACGAGCCUAUGAAGUCCAUGGUGUUUUGCUUUGUAUUCUCUUGCAUUAUCAUCAGGGGGUGGAUAGUCUAUUUUAUUGUCAUGGUGCUAUUGUUUUCAGCAACUUUUAUGUUUCUCACAAGAUUAACUAAUCAAGGAAAGCAAAUGAGUGAGGUAAAGGUGGUAUCCCCACCUCCAUUGAACACAAUGGAGCAGCUCCUAGCUGUUCAAAAUGCCAUUUCUAAAAUUGAGGAGCUCGUCCAGGAUGCAAAUAUUGUUCUUCUGAAGAUAAGAGCUCUACUGUUGGCUUUUCCAUCCCAGGUCUCUUUCGAUAUUUCAUUUUGUGAUUCUCAUAUCAUAGGCGACGGACAGAGCUAUUCUGGCAUUGGUACUGAUGGCCCUGAGCCUUGCCAUCGUGCCCACAAGAGUUUUGCUGCUGGUGUUGUUUCUGGAGGUAUCCACGAACCAGUCGCCACUACGAAGAGCAAGCACAGAAAGGUGUACCAGAAGGUUGAGAGAGUUGUGGUUCAGCAUACCUGCAGCUCCAGUGGUGGUGGAGAAGGAGAAAGAAGACAAGAAAACAAGAUGAUAUCUGUGUAUAUAACCAAUGUAAUCUUGUGUCUCCUGCUUGGCUGA